CCAGAUUGGAUAGGCUCUUUUGCGUUGUAGUUUGCUUUGCAGUGUUGUGUGGUGUUUGCGCUACUCUCAUUGUUCGCAGCGAGUGUAGUUUCUUGUAACUAAAAUUCUGCCUUCUAUAAAGCUAUGGUACGCCUAGGCGUACUCUCGAAAAAAAAAGCAAUUCCUGUGUUGUUCAUUAUUAUGGUUGUAGUUUAGCUAAAUCAUUAGCAUAUGUACUGAUUUGUUGUUUCUGCUCCUCAGUGCACUGUGGGGCAUACCAUAUGUUCGUCUUGCCAUGACAAGCUCCCAGAGAAGUGUGCCACUUCUGCUCCCUUCCCACUGUCUACAGUCGCUACCACAUGGUAGAAGAGAUGUGGUUGAAUCCAUCAAAGUUGCUUGCUCCAAUGGCAAUCAUGGAUGCACUGCAAGGAUAACCUACUACCGGAAGGAAGAACACGAGAAAGGUUGCCCACAUGCACCAUGUUUCUGCCCUGAAACCGGCUGCAGCUUCAGCGGAUCAACUGCAAGGCUCCUGGAGCAUUUUUUCGGCAAGCACAAGUGGCACUCACCAAAAGUUACAUACAACAAGGCAUUCCAGACCCGCUUUCAUCUGGGAUCAACUGUUCUGGUAGGCGAGGAUGGCCACCUCUUCCUGGUUAACAUGACAAUGGAGCCCCUCGGCGGUGUCAUCUCAGUUUGCUGCGUCCAGCCUCACUUUACUGGAUCCAAAUUCAAGUGCAGGCUGGCAUUCUCGUGCGUUGAACCAAGCUACUCUCGGGCUACGGAGUUCUUAACGAGGGGCACUAAUCUGUAUGAUGGGUUUCCCAAAGAUUGCUUCCCCUUCCUUGUGCUGAAGAUGUUGCUUCGGGGCACCGGUGCAAGCACCAUAGCCAUGAUGGGGGUGACCGUGACACCACAAUAGGCCCCUUGUG